AUGGGCCAGUCUCAGUCGACAGGCUCCAAGGGCCAAGAUACCCAAGCACAACAGUCGGAGCAAAAAACAGAUUACUAUGAGCUUCUAGGGAUCACUAGGGGGGCAACCGACGACGAGAUCAAAAAGGCAUAUCGAAAGAAAGCGCUAGAGUUGCACCCUGACCGAAACUAUGGGAACGUUGAGGAAGCCACCAGGCUAUUCGCCGAGGUCCAGUCUGCAUACGAGGUCCUUGCAGACCCCCAGGAGCGUGCAUGGUACGAUUCCCAUAGUGACGUGUUCCUAGGCACGAAUGGUGCUUCCGAAGAUCAACAUUCUUACAAUAUUCGCCUGACCACUGCGGAUGAUGUUCUCAAGGUCUUUUCAAAAUUCAGUCCUCGCAUGGAGUUCUCGGACUCUCCAGCUGGAUUCUUUGGAGGGCUGCAGGAGCAGUUUGCCCAGCUGGCACUGGAAGAGCGACUGGCCUGUCAAUGGGAAGAUCAGGAUAUGGUGGAUUACCCAACAUUUGGAUCGCGCGACGACGACUUCGAGACGGUGGUGCGUCCCUUUUACGCAGCAUGGAGCGGGUUCUCUACCUGCAAGUCCUUCGCUUGGAAGGAUGUCCACCGAUACUCUGAGGCCCCUGAUCGCCGAGUUCGGAGGAUGAUGGAGAAGGAGAACCGACGCCUGCGAGAAGAUGCCAUUCGGGAGUUCAACGAUGCAGUCAGAUCUCUCGUGGCCUUUGUCAAGAAACGGGAUCCCCGGUAUAAAGCCAAUGCUCAGAAUGACGUUCAGCGUCAGGAGACUCUUCGACAGUCCGUGGCGGCUCAGGCAGCCAGAUCACGGGCUCAGAAUCAAGCCAAGAUGGGAGAUUAUGUCAUUCCGGAAUGGGCACGAUCUGAGGAACAUGGAAUCGAGGAGGAUGAAGAAAGUUCGGAGAGUGAGAUUGAGAGCUUUGAAUGUGUUGCAUGCAACAAACAAUUCAAAAGCCAAAAGCAAUUUGAAGCCCACGAACGAAGCAAGAAGCAUCUCAAAGCUGUCAAACAGCUAUGCCGGGAUAUGCGGAUGCAGAACGACGAGCUAGACUUGGAGCCGACGGUUACUACUAGUAUUUCCCCCGAGCCAGUCCCAACAUACUUGGAUAUUCCCGCAGGCAGCGCCAGCGAUGACGACAAUGACGGUCAUCAUGCAGGCUCUCCCAUCACGAUACAACCGGAUGAGCCUAAUCGAGAAUCGAUCGAAAGUGAUGUCGAAGCUCAGACUGAUGAGGAAGGCUCGUCCAUCUCGAAUCACCACGAUGAUCAGCCAUCAUCCCGGGACUCUCAACCUAGAAGAGAUUCCCUUGAUUCUGUUGAUGAAGACUAUGCUUCAAGAGAAUCUGUCGAGACCAGAAUUCGCUCCGAUUUCGAUCUUAAUCCCAGCAAUGAUCCUAUCACUCCGCUCACCGAGCAAUUAUCUUUUGCCGACCUUGGUGACGAACCAUCCGUUACUCCUCAGGUUGGAAAAGCCAAGCAAAGACGGGCCAAAAAAGCAGCUCGUAACUCUGGACAACCCACGGGUAUCACGUGCACAAGCUGCCAGGCUAGCUUCACGUCGAAGACAAAGUUGUUUGACCAUCUUAGAGAGAACCCACGUCAUGCACAGCUUCUAAAGGCGGGUGGCAAGAGCAAGAAACGAUGA